AUGGAUCACGAGGGGCUUCUGCUGGCGCUGGCGCGAGGCCAUGAGGGCAUUGGGCCCCUAUUAGAGACAUUUUUCUCCUUUCUUUGCAAUCGCACCGACUUCUUUCAUAUUAUAGAAGAAGGAGGCCCGUCAAUGGGUUUUUCUCCUGCAGCAGCAGAGGCUAUGGUAGCAGAGACCUUCGCCCGAGCGCAGCUGCAAUACAGAGCUACAAAGCAGCCGCAUCUGCUUCCACCUCAACUGCGCAACAAAAGCGUUAAGGAGCUACAAGACAUUGCGAGGGAAUAUAACUCUAAACAAAAACAAAAACUACUUCAGUACGCCAGCCCGGUGUGCAGACUCGCCGUGCUCGCUGCGCCUCCAGACAUGGGCAGCCAUGAGCAGCCAGAUCCAGCAGCAGCAACAUCAGCAACAACAUCAGCAUCAGCACCAGCACCAGCAGCAGCAACUGCAGCAGCAAGAGCAGCAGCAGCAACAAUGAAAAAAAGCGCAGCUGCUGAUUCCUUUAGUGCACACAAAACGACAGAAAGAGAAAACGGGGGGAUGAAAACGGGCGGCUCGCAUCACAAAUCUCAGCAUUCAAAACCAGAUAAACCAGCAGCAGCCAGCAGCAGCAGCAGCAGCAGCAGUAGCAGCAGCAGCAGCAGCAGCGCGCCUUCAGGUGUAGCGGGAAAGAAGGUGACGUUUAUAAAUCCGUGGAAUGGGGCAAUGCUCGAUCGCUACGUUUGGUCUCAGAGCAUCAAUGAAGUCACUUGCCAAAUACGCCUCCUUGAUUUGCUGCUGCAGCAGCAGCAGCAGCAACAGCAGCAGCAGCAGCAGCAGAAGGAGGGGGAGAAGUCAGAGCAGCAGCAGCAGAUCAGUGAAGUGAAUGCGCGGCUGCUGUCAGUCAGACUGCGAGAUGAUUCAAUCCAAGUGGCUUAUGAAGCCUGCGCUCAGCAGCAAACUGUUUAUGCUUCUACUGCUGUCUAUCCUUCUGCUUCCUUGAUUGCAUUUGCUCCUGCUGGCUAUCAGGUGGCUGUGCUGCAGCAGCAGCAACAGCAGCAACAGCAGCAGCAGCAGCAGCAGCAACAACAACAGCAUUCCAAUUUCGUGUUUGAAGGAGAGUGGUGCCACUGCAUUCAAGCCAGCGACAGCUUCUGGGUGUUGGAGCAACGCACAACUUUGCUGCUGACUUUAGAGAAAAAGAAAGAGCUCUGGUGGGAGUCUCUCAUCAAGGGAGACCCAACCAUUGAUACUUCCAAGGUGGAGUCGGUGAAGCGGGUAGAAGACUUCGAUGAUGCGACGCAGGGGCACAUUAGAAAAAUUGUUUUUGAACAAAGACAAAAGAUGCAGGGUUUAAAGACGGCUGAAGAGCUGCAGCAAGAGAAAAUAUUAAGAGAAGCAUGGAAUGCUGAGGGUUCACCGUUUAAGGGCUUACCCUUCGAUCCUAGCGUCUUAAAUUCACAGAGUCUUCCUCCAUCUGCAAUGAUGCAACAGCCGCCUCCUUCUUAA